UAGCGGCUGCUUUUCGUUGGGCAGCGUGGUGGCUGUGGACGCCGGUGAAGCGCCCUUGUUUUCUUUCGAUACAAUCGUGUCCGAACGUCGAAGAUUCACCUGAAAAUGCCUUGUCGAAAGGAGAACUACAUUUUCCUGGAGCAGUCCGUGACCGUCGAUUCUAAAGAGGUGGACGCUCUUGUAACGAAAAUCGGCGAGGCUCUUCAGCUGCACAACAAUAGCGCUACACAGCAGACGAUGUCGCGUCUCCAUGGUCUGACCAGCAGCAGCAGCAACAGCAGCAGCAACAACAACAACAACGGCAAGCAGAGCAACAACAGUAGCACUGCCAUCGCACAAAAGAGAAAUGGCUGCUGUAUACGUCUCCGUAGCGGACGAAAAGCGACCCGAGCAAGCCCGUACAACAUCCCCGGCUCCAGCGAUCAGGAAUGGGACCAUUUCGCAACGUGGAACCGAAAGGGACUCGACAGUUCGGGUAACGAGGACGACCCCCACCAGCUCCUCCAGGAACUGAUCUUAUCUGGGAACCUCAUUAAAGAAGCGGUCAGACGACUUCAGUUUUCCUCCGAGUCGCACCGCGAUUUCUCGAAACAAAUCGACUGAAAGUUGUGAGCCAUCAGCCAGCUAGCGGACAGGAGAGAAUGUCGUGGUGGAUUAAGAUCGCCAUCUGAUCACUUCGGCUAACCUGGUUAGCCUGCGAGGUCACGAGCCACCACGAUAACGUUCGUACAUUUUCCUGGGAGUUUAUGACAGACGAACUUUACUAAGAAAAAGGAAAAAAACCACGAUGAGACUGUAACGUUAUUUCGACUGUUAGCUAGCGCUGUCCUUUUUUUUGUUGUUUGAAACGUGACUAAACGUUCUGGGUCUGUCACUAGCACGAGAACCAAGACCCCGUGUCUUUCUUCCGAGUGAAAUGUAAACGGCAAGUUAUUAUUUGUCCUUAACUCCACAAGUAUUGUGUUAACAUUUUUUUUUGUGUGUUUUGAAACGGUAUUCCUGUUUGCAGGCUAGUAGACCAAAUGGUCGGUGCAUCAUGUUUGAGUAGCAAGUGAGAGGUUUAGCAUUGUGCCCUUGGCGUUGCUACCUUUGUUUACAGUCUUUCUAUCGGUAGCUCGGAAUGGGGAUGGGCCACUGGUACUUACAAACACACUCUCUCUCUCCCCCAAAAAUCUCUAUUUUCACUGAACAAUAAGGUACUUCAUUGUCUCUACUUGGACUUUUCGAACUGUUUUCUACACCCACGUGGAUUUCUCCAUCGAGUCUCACCUGAAACACAGGAACUGUUGGGUAUUUUAAAGAGAGUAUCGUUUUGUAAUGGGAGGUGUGUGUGUGAGGGAGAGAGAGAGAGAGAGAGACACGGAGAUUUUUUCACAUCAGACUCUGGUGCUUUGGGAAUUCCUGUAUGGAGUUCGUUGCUUUCUCUGCUUACUCUCUAAUGUCUGUAUGCUUCGUAACGAAGUCAUUUUAACAGCCCUGACUUUUUCAGGCAGUUUGGUCUAUAAUAAACACGGUGGAUUUUUUUUUCA